GUGGUGAAAUGGUCGGAAUUUCGAGGUGCCUUGCCCUCCAGAUAGUGGCUCUGAUUGCCGGAGCCCAUGGAGCCAACAUUCUGGGUCUGUUCACCAGCCUGAGUCCGUCGCAUUUGGUGAUCCAGAUGUCGAUGGCUCGGAUUCUGGCCGAGCAGGGCCACAACAUGACUGUCGUGACGGUCCUGAAACCGCCGUCUCUGCACAAGAAUAUCAAUCACAUUCUGGUGCCCAUGGACGAGGAUGCCCUCCAGGCAUUCAGCACUCUGGUCGGCGGUAUUUCGAAGACGGACAACAGCAAUGCGAUUGUGUCCAUGUUCCGAUCGGUCAGGCAGAUAAGCGAGGCGUUCUCCAAGAUAGGCGAUGUGAUGAAGCACCAGCUGGUCACAGAUCUCUACGAGCACCCGGACAACAAGUUCGAUCUGCUCAUGGUGGGCUACUUCAUGAACAGCUAUCAACUGGCCCUGGCCCACAAGCUGAAGGUUCCCGUGGUGGUGGCCGUCUCGAAUCCACCAUCCUUUUUGGGUUACAUGUUGGGAAACCCCUGGGAAGUCUCCUAUGUGCCGGCACUGAACAUGAACAUUGAAAGUGGCCAAUCCCCUGGCUUUGGACAACGUGGACUCAACCUGUUGGGCAGCCUGGCCAAUCGGCUGUUCAUGUUCGUGAUCGAGUUGAAGAAUACCAAGAUCUACAGAGAUAUCUAUGCAGAUGACCCCACUCUGCCCAGCUAUCAUGACUUGCACAAAAACAUUUCGCUCAUCUUCUUCGCCUCGCACGGCAUCAGCGAAGGACCCAUCCGCCCCAAUGUGCCAGCUGUGAUCGAAGUCGGUGGCAUACAAGUCAAGGAGCAACCCGAUGCGUUACCACAAAACUUGGAAAAGUUCCUGAGCGAAGCUCCACAAGGAGCUAUCUUACUCAGUCUGGGCUCCAACCUGAAGAAGGAUCACCUGAAGGCGGACACGGUGCAGAAGAUGUUCAAUGUGCUCUCGAAGCUGCAGCAGAAGGUGAUCUGGAAGUGGGACGACUUGGAGCACGUGCCGGGCAAGUCGGCCAACAUACUCUACUCCAAGUGGGUGCCCCAGGACGACGUCCUGGCACAUCCGAACAUAACGCUCUUCAUCACCCACGCGGGAAAGGGCGGCCUGACCGAGGCCCAGUACCAUGGAAAACCCAUGUUGGCCCUUCCGGUUUUCGGAGAUCAGCCCCCCAAUGCCGAUGUCAUGGUGAGGCAGGGCUUUGGAGUAAAGCAAAGCCUGCUCACCCUGGAGGAGGACAGCUUCCUGCAGGGCAUUCGAGAGGUCCUCGAGAGCCCCAAGUACGCCACUGCCGUGAAGUCCUUCUCCAAUCUCUAUCGGGAUCGGCCCACGAGUGCGCGGGAGACCCUGAUCUACUGGGUGGAGUACGUGAUGCGCCACCAUGGAGCAGCGCACAUCCAGAGUCCUGUGGUGCACAUGAGCUACAUAGAAGCCAAUAACCUGGACGUCUAUGCUGUGAUCCUCGGCACUAUUGUGGCUCUCUGCUUUAUUACUAAGUUAGUUUUUGGUUUACUAUUUAAAAAACUUGGCCAGAGUUCUAAAAAGGCUAAAGUUAAUCAAGAACGUAAGCUCAAAAAGAAACAACGCUAGUAUUGCCAGUUAUUUAUAACAAAAAGCUGCCCAACUCCUGCCAUAUUGUUACCAAAAAAGCAAGAUUAAAAACAAAUCUAUUAUAUGCAAACCAAUUUUUCAUUUCGCUUUAAAACCGGAAACGCACCGGAACUAGUAUUUAAUAGCAUGAAUUUGAUAUUUGCAUUUAAAUGCAGAGACGGAAUAUAAUGCACU